UGUGUCCCUUGUCGUCUGCUACAAAAUCAGCUGUUGUUGAACACAAUUUGUUUCUGCAGUUUCUACGAUUUCUGCAAAUGUUAUAUAAAUAUUUCAUUAAAUCUACCGAGAUCCUUUGACUGGAAUUCAAUAAUAAAGAGAGAAAUAUGAACGUUACUAUACUUUACGGAAGUGAAACCGGAACUGCUCAGGAUACAGCGGAACAAAUUUGGAAAAUUGCUAAGAGGAACAAUUUAAAAUGUCACAUUUCCUCCAUGGACGAGUAUGAUAUUGAGAAUUUAUCAACCGAUCGGCUUAUUAUUUUUGUCGUCGCAACAACUGGACAGGGAGAAGUGACAACAAACAUGAAACGAUUUUGGCGAUUUUUGUUGCGUAAAAAUUUACCAACUGAUUUACUGAAACAUUUACAAUACGCAGUUCUUGCUCUUGGCGAUAGUUCCUAUCAAAAAUAUAAUUAUGCUGGUAAAAUGCUAAAUAAACGUCUCUCACAAUUAGGUGCUCUAGAAUUAAUUCCCAUUGGUUUAGCAGACGAUCAACACGAUUUGGGAAUUGACGCUGUCAUUAGUUCAUGGUCACAAGAAUUAUGGAGGAAAAUUUCGGAAAAAUUUCACAUUCUAAUUGAUAACAUUUCAAAUUCAAAUAGUCCUGUAAUAGAAAAAUUCAAUAUUAACCUAAUCGAAAAAGAGGAUACAAAAAUUGAGAAAUCAGAUAUUUAUUUAAAAGAAGUACAAGUGAAUAAGGUGUUAAAAAUCGGAAAUGUACUCGAAAAUACACGCACUACUGCCAAGGAUCAUUUCCAAGACGUGAGACUAAUUAAAUUUAAAGCACCCGACGUUGACUAUCAACCAGGAGAUAUUCUUUAUCUAAGACCAAAAAAUUCCGAGAAACAAGUACAAAAAUUCUUUCAAGUUCUAAACGAGAAUAAUGUAAAUGUCAAACCGGAUAUGAUAGUAGAAAUAACCGAGAAAGAAAUUCGUGUUCCAAUUGUUUUACAACAAUUCCUAACCCUCAAGGAAAUUGCCGAACAAUAUUGGGAUUUAAGUUACAAACCAAGAAGAUCGACAAUACAAACUUUGGCAUCAAUCAGUGAUAAUGAUUUGGAAAAGGAGAAAUUAAUUGAAUUUACAAUGCCUGCUGGCCAGGAGGAUCUUUUCAACUAUAUUAAUCGCCCGAGGAGAAAUAUUAUUGAAAUGUUGGCCGAUUUUCCCCAUACGACCUGUAAAUUAACAUUGGAAUUACUCUUUGAAAUAAUGUCGCCGAUAAAACCCAGGGCCUUUAGCAUUGCGUCGAGUUUACGACAAACUCGCGACGAAAUACACAUUUUGGUUGCUGUCGUUAAAUAUAAGACAAAAUUAAUUGACACGAGAUUUGGUUUGUGCUCGAAUUGGUUGGCAAAUUUAAUGGUUGGCGAUUCAGUGAUCUAUUGGAUUCAGCGGGGAACGUUUAAAUUUGAUAAUUCGAAACCAAUGAUUUUAAUUGGACCCGGAACGGGCGUUGCACCGUUUCGUUCAUUAUUGCUGGAGAAAGCGGUUGUUGAGAAAAAUUUAAAGAAUUGUCUUCUAUUCUUCGGAUGUAGAAAUCAAGAGAAGGAUUAUCAUUGUAGGCAGGAUUUUGCAAAAAUGUGUAAAUAUAAUAAUUUGAAAAUGUUUUGCGCUUUCUCUCGGGACCAGGAGGCAAAAGUAUAUGUUCAGCACAUAAUUCGAUUACAAGGGCAAUUAUGUUGGGAAUUUUUGUGCAACGAUGCCAAUAUUUACUUGGCUGGUUCUGAACCAGUUCGAUUGUCACCUGGCUGGGAAGGAACAGGCAGACCAGACGACGAAUUAAAUUUUAAAGACAUGACAAUGGACCAGUUAGAUUUGGAAUUAAAUCCUCCCAAGGAUCGAUUAAAUAUAGUAUAUUUUAUUAUGGUUCUGCAUGGAAUUGGAACUUUAAUAUCGUGGAAUAUGUUCAUUACGGCAUUUGAUUAUUUCACGGUUUUUAAAUUAAGCAGCAAGACUGAGCCAAGAUAUCAAACCUCUUACCAAGAGGAAUCUGCCUUGGCAGCACAAAUUCCGAAUCUGAUCUUCAGUUGGUUAAAUAUUUUUGUCCAAUUGGGUGGAAAUUUAACAACACGAAUUGUUUGGGGAAUAUUUGCACAAGUCUUAAUUUUUGUAUUCACAAUCGUCCUGGCAAUGACUGAUACGAGCGCUUGGAUUCCUGAAUUUUAUUGGACCACCAUGAUCACUAUUGUUUUAUUAAACACUGCGAAUGGUAUUUAUCAGAAUUCCGUUUAUGGAAUGGCAGCUAAAUUGCCUGGCAAAUAUACCGGUGCUGUUGUCCUAGGAUCGAAUAUUAGCGGGACAUUUGUAUCUAUUAUUGAUCUGGUUUCGAAAAUACUGUCGCCAAAUCAACGGACAGCCGCUAUUUAUUACUUUAUAACUGCUCUUUUCGUACUUCUCACAUGCUUCGAUACUUAUUUCGCUCUUCCAAUAAACAGGUUUUACCGAUACCACGAACUUCUCGCUCAGAAGGAAAUGAAUAAAAAAAGAAUCGGUGGAAAAGCAAGGGGAAAAUCGUUGAGACCACCAUAUUGGAAAGUUUUCAAACAAUGCUGGGUACAAUGUUUCAAUGUGUUUUUCAUAUUUUUUGUAACACUCACAAUUUUCCCAAAUGUUGCCAGUAACGUUAAGCAUUCAGAUCCAAAUUUCAUAAUUGAAGAGAAAUAUUACGCAAGUGUUAUGUGCUUCCUUACAUUCAACGUCACAGCCAUGAUCGGCAGUUACUUCGGAUCUAGAUACCAAUGGCCAGGUAAAAAGUACGUGAUCAUUCCAAUUCUCUUGAGAGUGUUGUUCAUUCCUCUUUUCUUGGUUUGUAAUUAUCAAGUGGAUAAGGCGGCGAGAACAAUUCCUAUUUUAAUUAACAAUGAUUGGAUAUACUUAGCUAUUGGUCUUGCAAUGGGCUUCACAAGCGGAUACUUUUCUUCUAUGACAAUGAUGUUCUGCUCCAGUACGGUUGAGCCACAGUAUGCGUCGACAGCCGGUAUGUUAGGAGCAGGUUCAUUAAUUACUGGAAUUGUUUCGGGACUGACUUUCACUCGUCUAAUGCCCAAAUUGGUUACCUGGACAAUUUAUCAGAAUAUUUGAGUUUUAAUGGAUAAUUUAGGGAAAUUUUUCAAUCUAAAUUUCGGAUAACCGGGAUAGUCCAAGUUUUUUGCGAUGAUAAAAAUAAUAAUUCACAAAAUUUUGUAAAGAAUUCAAUCGACAAUUGUUUUAUUAAAAAAAAAAGAAAAAGCCUUCGCAAUUUGUGACUAUCGAGUCACAAAGUCCAGUAGCUACAAGGACUGAAAUAUUGAAUCGUAUUAAGUUACAAUCUCGUCAGCAAAAAAAAAAAAGGAGAGAAAAAAACGGAAAAAAUAAGCGACAAAUCACUUUUUAAAGAAUAGCAUUUACUCGAUUGACAAUUUGUCGUAACCAAAAUGCCUUAAUUGAUGAAAAAAAAAUGUUGAGUCUCUUUUUGGAGAUUUUUCCGAAGCCGCUUUAAAGUGCACAUUUUUUUUUUUAGAAAUUGUUUUAAUGAAAGUAAUUUUUUCAUUUAUAAAUCAAUAAUUUUAAUCAAUAAUUUUUGUAUAGACGAUUAAUGUUAAAUUGAUACUCAAUUUUUGUCACUAUUUUCCUGUCUUCGUAAAUGUUUUAAAUGAUUGUUGAAAGAGAGAGAGAAAAAAAUAGAUUUAGAAUGUUUUGUUGCAGUUUAUCGUAAGAAAUUUUACAUCGUUACUGGACUUUUUUGUACUGUCAUUUUUUUAUCUUUAUGUAUCUGUUAUUAUUUAAGUAUCUGCGAAUAUUGUAUACUAGUUGAGACGAAGAUUUGCGGAAAAUGAUGAGGUUUUUAUUGCUUCGUAUAAAUGGUACGGAAAAGGAACCUUUAAUUAAGUGAAAAAAAUUUUAUAUUUCCUUUUUAAUAGAUAACUAUUUUCAAACUAUUUUUAUCUACGAUUUAUGUAUUUCUUUUUUGUCUACUUGAGGUAAUUUACCUUCGGAUUCGCUGGGACAAAUGUUAAUUGGAAAAACAGAAUAUAAUUUUACUUUUUUAA